CUGCCUGUGUGCUUUGACACAGAGACGGUGUGUAAGACGGGGAUGGUUCUGCUUUGUGGGGAGAUCACGUCUCGAGCAUACGUAGACUACCAGACAGUGGUGAGAGACGUGAUCAGAGACAUAGGUUAUGAUAACUCCAAAAAAGGCUUUGACUACAAGACCUUUAACUUGCUGGUGGCCCUGGAGCAGCAGUCCCCUGACAUCGCACAGGGAGUUCAC